AUAAUUUAUAAAGAUACGAAGAUAUGAAGACUAUAAAGCUGGGGAAAAUUGAACAGUUACAUUACUUUUCAGGAAGAGAAUAGAAACAAAAUGUUGUUCGAGGCGUUAAGAAGGCCAACUCCCGAGAAUCUCCUCACAUCACCGGAAGCGUUUCGGUACUUCGAAUACGCCAUGUUCUGGAUGGGAUGGACUCAAUCAAAAAAGUUCAAAGUACUGUACAGAAUUGUGUCAGUCUUCAUCACAGCAUGGUGUGUGAUCUAUCUGCCGAUUGGAAUGCUUAUCAAUCUGAUCAUUGACACCAAAAGUACUCCCAAGGAACUGCUAAAUACUCUUCAGAUCUUUUUCAAUGGACUGGGUACCCCGAUCAAGGUAUUUUUCUUCAGAAUCUACUUUUGGCGGUUUUAUAAAGUCAAGAAAAUCUUGCACGAAAUGGAUAAGAGAUGCCAGACAGAAGAGGAGCAAAUAGAGGUACAUCGAUGGGUAGUGCUGUGCAAUAAGGUGUACCUCGGAUACCAAGCCAUGUACACCGGUUACUCCCUAACCAGUUUCCUGUCUGCGAUCUUAACCGGUCAGUUGAUCGGAAUCUAUAAUCCUUUCGUAGAUUGGAGAAAAAGUACACAGAGCUUCUGGUUGGCCGCCUUACAUGAAAAUGCUCUAAUUAUGUUUUCCGCAAAUCAUACUAUGAUGAGCGAUAUAUACCCGCUACUAUAUGCCUUGAUCUUGAAAGUGCACAUCAACCUCCUGCGACUGCGAGUUAAGAAACUUUGCGAGGAUCCCCACAAAAGUGAUGAUGAAAAUCACAGAGACUUGAUCAAGUGCAUUCAGGACCACAGACUCCUUAAACAAUAUGCUGAUUUAAUUCGUCCCGUGAUCGGAUCUACUAUUUUUGUUCAAUUUCUUCUCAUCGGAAUCCUUUUGGGCUUGUCCAUGAUCAAUCUGCUUUUGUUUGCCGAUAUCUGGUUUGGAUUAUCCGCUGCGGUCUAUAUAAUGGGACUUCUUUUACAAACCUUCCCCUUCUGCUAUGUCUGCGAUCUAAUUCGAUACGAUUGUGGUCGGCUGUCCGAGGCAGUUUUUCACUCAAACUGGCUGACUUCGAGCCAAAAGUACAAAAGAACUUUGAGAUUCUUCCUACAGAACUCCCAAAAGUCGAUUGCUUUCAUAGCUGGCAAUAUUUUUCCAAUAUCUACCAGCACAAAUAUCAGUGUGGCAAAACUGGCCUUUACAGUUGCUACUUUUUUGAAACAACUGAACAUUGGAGAAAAAAUAAAAGAAGAU